CUCGGUCGUGGGGUCGUCCCAACUGACUUGCAAGUAAUGAAAACAAACUCUGGUCUUUGUGAUAUUUGGGUCGGAUCCAAGACCGAUGAAAGUGAUGAAACAACGAAAUCUGUCUUCUAUAAAGGAAAGGAGUUAACAAAUCUGAAAUUAUGCCGUCUCAUGAUGGACGGUAUACAUACGGCUUCACAACAGAAUGGUAUUGUGGAUGUCGAAUGCACUUUGACCUCUGGUGAAGUUAUACAUUCCUGUUUUGAUAUGAGUCUAAGAGAUGUUAACCAUGCCAUUGGAAGGAAACUACUUUCAAGUGACUUACAGUGGAUUGAUACAGCUGGUAGUGAUGGGGUCUCAACUGGCACUGUGAUUGGUGCAGUCAGUGGACUGAUAUUGUUGCUGGUUGCAGUUGCCAUGUGUGUUGGGAAAAAAAAGAAAGCGUCUGAACCUGUUACAGUCGUGAGUAUAUCCAAGGGUCAAGGGUCGGUCUUCAGAUCCAAAACAGGUAGUGGUGAGAAAGUUACCAUGGAGCAGUUGAAGAACUCCCUCAAAAAAUGUGAAAGCUCCUCAGAAAUAGAGAAUGACAAGGCAGAUGGGCCGACCAGAAAGAGCAAUACCCUAGAUAACCACAAUCUUGAAGUACCAAGGCCAAGCAGUCAAGUCAGUACUUCAAGUCAUGAUAGCACUCAGAUGAAUAAUAAACAAGGAGUUAAGGAGCCCAUUGAAAGAAGGCUCCCCCAGCCACCUCCGAUGACACCACCAGCUGCAGAUGAUGACGAUGAUGAUGAUACCUACGCAUCAGUGGAUAAAGAAGUCACUGGUUACUCAAAAUUAAAAGAUCCAAACUACUCAAAAAUCAAAAAUGCCAGCAAGAAUUCAGAGGACGCAAAAGAUCUUCCUAACUAUGAGAGAAUUAAGUUGGUAGGAGAGGAAGAGGAAGAGGCAGAGGCAGAGGGAGCUAUUGGAGGUGCAGAAGAUGAUACAUUUUACACGGCAAUACCAAAUGACUCUUAUGCUAAGGUAAACAAGGAUCGUACUUCGAAAAUGAAAGCAGAUACGAAGAAACGAGAUUCUUCCACAUCCGAUAGUUUGUACAGUAGUGUUAGUGAUGGUGAUGGUGCUCCUCCACCAGUGCCCCAGAAAGCCCCUGAUUUAGAUAUGGAUUCACCGGGGACCUCGCGCAGAGGAGACAGAACGGCAUCACAGUCAAGUACAGGAUCUGCUAGUGCCACAUCAAGAAUGUUACCACAGCAACCGUUACCCAUGGUGACAUCUUCGUCACAGUCCGCUAGUUCUCAGGAAGAACCAAAUUACACGCAGGUUAGUGUGAGGGAAAGUAUUGAAAGCAUCAAAGAAAGGGAAGGAAAAAAAACAACCCAUCCUUAUACAGCAGUGACAGAAGAACCCAAUUACUAUUCAGUGGUGAAUUCUGUGCAGCCACCUAGUCCUACAAGUCCCCCACCACUGCCAUCAGAUAACACCAGGCCAACGAGUUCAGUGCAAGAGGAGGAUAUUAGUGUUUCGGUGAAAACGAGAGGUGUAGAAGCAAGGACCAGGGUCAAUAGUGCAUUGUAUGAGAAAAUAUCUGGUGAAAUAGAUGAUGAGCCGCAAGAAACUAGUGCCCCUAUACCAGAAUAUGCAUCAGUUAACAAGUCAAAGAAAUCCAAGGGACCCACAGAUGUUAGCGCACUUUACUCAAAGGUGAAUAAGUCACGCAAGAAAAUAGACGCAGCGCCAAACCGAGAGAAUCAGAGAUCAAGUUCAAGGAUAUCGAAGUCAAGCGAUGAUGGAGACGUUGAUUAUUCACGGAUCAAAGACAAUACUGAUGCCACUGAUCCCGGCUACCAGGCUAUUGAUGAACUGAAUGCCGAUCUCGCCGCUGAGGAGAAGUUGAAAGCUGAUGAUAUGGUGCACAUCAGCCAGCAUAAAGUAGAUGAAGGAUUUUGGCAGAAGAAAGACCACACUUACCAGACUAUACACGGACAAGAAGAGGACGAAGAAGAAGAGAAACAAGACAAACUGUGGAAUACUCCAGACUAGACGGAUCGCCCCCAUUCAGAUCUAUACUGUAUUUUGUCUAUCAGAAACCCAACUCCAUGAACCAAAAAUCAAAUUUAUACUAUACUGGAUCAUUAAAAUAUGAAUUAUUUGGACUGUAGACAUACCUCUGUCAUUUACGUAAAUGAACUAGACAAUAAAAUAAAGACGAU